GGUCCACCCUAUCGUAACACGGUUGUUUGACACAGUCGCUGGCAAAAAUAUCAAUCGAAAUUCUUAUAUUUUGGAAGUAAGGCGUUGCGUUUAUUAAUUUAUAUAUCUAAAUUGCGCCAUUUGUGUCAUCGAUGACGGGAUAAGAACGGCACUCCUACCGCACAAAAUAAUCGAACUGUGUGUAUUGAAAAAAGUGAUCGUAUUAGUGACAGUUCAGUGUACAAUUGUCAGGCUGCUGCUAUUACGGCGUCGAACGCUCGCAGAUAUGCCUGUGAGAAAACAAGAAGCCCACCGUGCCUUGGAACUACUAGAAGAUUAUCAUUCUAAAUUAAUACGACCGCAGGACCAAACUUUGCGACAAGCCAUAGAACGAGUGAUCAGGAUCUUCAAAUCACGACUCUUCCAGGCGUUGUUAGAUAUACAAGAAUUUUACGAACUCACUCUUCUAGACGAGAACAAAUCGGUUCAAGAAAAAACCGCCGAAACCAUUAGAAUAGCAAACAAAUGGGAAUCGAACGAUGGUCCUAUCAUUCCUUCGUUUGCCAACAAUGGGACCGGCAGCAAUAUCAUCACGACGCUCGGCGGGCUAGAGAGAGCAAGCCGGGAAAAUAUAUCCUACAUUCAGAAAACCAGAUACGGAGAUGAAGAACUUGCUCCUCCAUCAACUCCCGUUCCCAAGGUAAGAGAAGUGACCGCCAUAUCUAAUGCCGACGGUUUGUCCAGACAAGGAUCAGUGGAAAGGGGGUCAACUGGACGUCGAAAAAGUGGUUCGAUAGAUAGGGGUGUCAUCGAUCACGUCGGCAAGGAUCAAGUGCACAAAAUGGGCAAUGAUAACUGGCAAGGAAAUGACAGCGACCAGGCUCACUCACCGCUGUUGGGUUCAGGUGACAAUAAACCGGUGAAUGGCGAAGACGAAUGGGAAUACGAGGAGAUAUCCUUGGAACGGGGUGGCGCCGGACUCGGGUUCAGCAUCGCCGGCGGCACCGACAAUCCGCACGUGGGUGACGACACCGCUAUCUAUGUCACCAAACUCAUAGCCGGCGGCGCGGCCGCCGCCGACGGUCGCCUGAAGGUCGGCGAUUCCAUCUUAGCCGUUAACGAUGUCGCUGUGGUCGACGUGCCGCACGCCGCUGCCGUCGAAGCCCUGAAACGGGCGGGAAACACCGUCACCUUGAGCGUGCGACGGCGUAGACAACCGCGUCACCUGCGGCUAAUGGAAAUCGAAUUGGUAAAGGGAAAUAAGGGGUUGGGAUUCAGCAUCGCCGGCGGGAUCGGCAACCAGCACAUCCCUGGUGACAACGGCAUUUACGUCACCAAGGUGAUGGACGGCGGUGCCGCCCAGGUCGAUGGUCGACUGCUUGUUGGUGACAAAUUGGUGGCCGUCAGAGACGCUGUGAAAGGAGAGGUGAAUCUGGAAAAUGUGACUCACGAAGAGGCCGUCGCCACGCUCAAGACGACGCAAGACCGCGUCGUGCUCAUCGUCGCCAAACCCGAAAGUGCCUUCAACGCCCCCGCGUCCGAUACCUCGUAUUCACCGCAAUUAUGGCGAUCCACGUUUCAUUACUCUGCAACGAAAAGAGCCACCAAAGCAUCCCAUGGAUACGCAGAAUCUCUUCACUCGGUGCACUCGGUGCACUCCUCGAAUUUAGCCCUUCACCACCCUCCUGGUACCCCAAGGGCAGUCAGUACUGAAGACAUCACAAGGGAAGUGCGGACCGUGACGUUGCAAAAGGGCAAUUCGGGACUCGGUUUCAAUAUCGUUGGCGGCGAGGAUGGCGAGGGGAUAUUUAUCUCGUUCAUUUUGGCCGGAGGACCGGCCGAUCUUAGCGGCGAGCUCAAAAGGGGCGACCAAAUUCUUAGCGUUAAUGGAAUCAACCUGAGGAACGCGACCCACGAGGAGGCCGCGCAGGCCCUUAAAGGAAUAAAUCAGACUGUUACCAUCGUAGUACAGUACAGGCCGGAGGAGUACAAUAGGUUCGAAGCGAAAAUUCACGACUUGAAACAACAGAUGGCGCACCCUGUGACGGGAGGUACUCUACUCCGAACCUCUCAAAAACGGUCCCUCUACGUGCGAGCUCUGUUCGAUUACGAUCCUAUGAAAGACGACGGCCUUCCGUCGCGGGGCUUGGCUUUCCAUUACGGCGACAUUCUCCACGUGACCAAUGCGAGCGACGACGAGUGGUGGCAAGCUCGCCGCGUGCUCUCUUCGGGUGACGAGCAGGGCAUGGGCAUUGUACCCAGCAAGCGACGCUGGGAGCGCAAGCAAAGGGCCAGGGAUAGAUCUGUUAAAUUUCAAGGCCACGCGCCUAACAUUUUAGAUAAGCAAUCAACUCUAGAUAGAAAAAAGAAGAACUUCUCCUUUAGUAGAAAGUUUCCGUUUAUGAAAAGCAAAGACGAGAAGUCGGAAGAUGGAUCUGAUCAAGAACAAACACCCUUUUCCGACCGUAACUCUGCUAAUGGUAAUGAAAAAACUUCUUCCACGUUUAUGUUGUGCUACACGCAAGAAGAUGCAAAUAACGAAGGUGAAAUAUUAUAUCGAGUUGAGCUACCUUACAUGGAAGAAAUAACGCUAAUUUAUCUGGAGAAUAAUGACAAUAUAGAUGACUUUAGCAAUGAUGAAAAUGUGUUAUCCUAUGAACCUGUAGAACAAAUGCAAAUUCAAUAUACGAGACCUGUUAUUAUUUUGGGGCCCCUGAAAGACAGAAUAAAUGACGACUUGAUAUCCGAAUUUCCUGAAAAGUUUGGUAGUUGCGUACCUCACACGACAAGACCCAAAAGAGAAUACGAGGUGGAUGGCAGAGACUAUCACUUUGUAGCUUCUAGGGAACAGAUGGAAAAGGACAUACAGAAUCACCUUUUUAUAGAAGCAGGUCAAUAUAAUGACAACCUGUAUGGUACAUCGGUUGCAUCAGUACGAGAAGUGGCGGAAAAAGGUAAACACUGCAUAUUAGACGUUAGCGGAAACGCCAUCAAAAGGCUACAAGUGGCGCAACUUUAUCCGAUAGCGGUCUUUAUUAAACCUAAAUCAGUCGAAUCUAUAAUGGAAAUGAAUAAGCGGAUGACUGAUGAGCAAGCUAAGAAGACCUAUGAGAGGGCGCUUAAAAUGGAACACGAAUUUGGAGAAUAUUUUACAGCGGUGGUACAAGGUGACACGCCGGAAGAAAUUUACGGCAUGGUGAAGGACGUGAUUAAAGAGCAGUCUGGCCGAACAAUAUGGGUACCGACCAAAGAGAAACUAUGACACGCAGCCCCCGUGUGGACGUUCCCACAACGUACCCGUCGGCAUUAGCGCUCUCUUGACCAGCUUAUAUUCAUUUGCUCGUUUCUUAUGCCAGGCGCUCUAAUAGGCUUAGUUGGAAAAAGUUCGAAUUUUGCCUUAAGAGAAAUUAGCAAUAAGUAGGAAAUUCGAAUCAAUCAUGACAACAUGGGGGUUAGGGACGUUGACUAGUUGCCUCAUUGAAGCUGUUUCCAUUAUUGUUGUUUUUAUUAAGGUGUUUUCUCUCCACAAAAAAUACAUUUUCUCCCUGUGUAUAAGUAAAUGUUUGGCCAAAUGUGUCACACACACGCAUGAACUAAAAAAAAAAAACUUUGCCUUCGUUUUUAGUCUCACUAAAUUCGACUUCACACAUUUAUUUGCUUUCGCCCCAGCUUUUAAACUGAAGGCGGAAAAUACAUCAUAUUAUUAUUAUAUGGUAAAACAGUCACUUAAAUUAGAGAAAGGUAACCUAUUUUUCCUACUACCAAUAUUCUUUAGAAAAUUUAGAUCUGUACAUGUCCAGAAAAAAAAAAGCAAAAUUCUGGAAAAUGAUUUUUCAUUGAAAACAAUUUUAAAGUCAUUGCAUAUUUACGUUAUGGCCGUUCCGCUAAAUCGUCAAAAUGUUAUAUGACUAAUCAUGAAUCAAUUAAAAUAUUUUAGUGAACUUUUAAUUCUGACAGUUUUUUUUUUCAUUAAAAAGAUGACAUGAGGAAAAUAUUAAAUGCCAAAAAAAAAGUACUUAUAACUCCAUUGUCACAGGGAAAAUAUUGACACCAACAGUUGAAGUAGAAAAAUGUAAAUUUGCAAUUUAUUUCAUUUAUUUUCAUUUUAUUAUAAGUGAAAUAUAGGCAGGAAAAAUGUUUUUCAAAAUUUCAGAUUUUUUGAAGUUUCUGCUUUUGCUUCUACUUAAUGUUGAACCCAAUUUUUGUAUUAUUUUUCAAGCGUAAUUUCGCGAAUUUAGUGAAAAUUGUUCCCGAGGCAGCUUCAUGAAUCUAAUAACUAAAAAAAGCCGUAAAACAGCAAAUAAAUACUCGCAAAAUGCUCACAUGGGUCAGGGACCUUGCUUAUCUGUUAGAGUGCUUGAUGUAAAACCAACUUUUACAAUUAUUUAUUGUUACGCUCCUGCAAUUAGGUAACCACAAAUGCAAUUGUUUUCAUCACAUGGUAUUGUUUAAUACACUUAAAACUAUGGUACUUAAUGAUUAAUCUAGAUUGUCUUGAUUUGUGGGUGUCUGUUGAUCUCGCACUAAAUGAGAAAAUUUUCUUUACCUCCGGCUGAUCCUAGUAAACACCAAUACAUUUUGUUGCUCAGUAGCGAACCUGACAUUAACAAAUUGAGACAAUGUUUCUCAACAGUUUAAAUUUAAUUGUUAUACGACACAUUGUAGCUAGUUUAAUGUUUUUGUAGUUAAAGUAUGUAUUAUAUUAUUAAAGUUCGAGGAUCACUUACGGGCGCACUUUUGAACUUGCAAUUUGGUAAUUAAGCAGACAUUAACUGAACUGAUUUGUGUUAGGUAUGUUGAAUGUCCGUUUCACUAAAUGUUUUUAGCAUAAUUGAUAUAAAAGUGUAUAUGGCUGCAUUGUUUUAAUUGUGUUCAGUUGUCAAUGUUUAAAAAUACAAAAUCUAUUUUAUUAAAAAAAAAAAAAUGAUGUGAUAGCACCCUCUUUCGGAUUGCUCGUUCAAAACAGGCUUGUCAGAAAUAGAUAAAAAUAUAAAAUUGUAUAUAAAAACAAGGUAAUUAUGUGUAGUGUAAUGUUAUUUGUUAUUUGAAAACGUUGUCAUCUAACUUAUUUGAGUUUUAACAAUAAAAAAGAUUUUACUAAUGGAA